CAUUCGCUCUAAAGACUUGCCAGCCCUCUGUGUGGUCAAGUAGUUUGCUGCUCUGUUUGUUGUAAUAAAAUCUUAGCUAAACAGUAAAUCCAAUCACAAAAAAGGAUUUCAAUUCCCGCAACUCGAAAAGUUUCCACAAAGUUUCGAGUUGAACGCGUUGAACAAAAAAAACCAAAAAAAUCCAAACGUGCUGUGUGAAUUGAAGAAGUUCUUCGGUUUAGCUAAAUUCUAGACGCAAACAGUUUCAGUUCCAGGAGCGUUUCGCCAGGCAAUUAAGCAGUGAAAGUGUCCAAAAUUUCGAGUGCUUAUUGCAACAUAUAUAAAAAAAAAAAACAUAACUAUCAACUAGUAUCCAAAGUGCAAUACUUUGUAUAAAUUUUUGAAAGAAAUUUUCUAAUUGAAAACAAACAAAACACAAAACACAUAAGCAAAAUGAUGGCCGUUGCAGCAGCUCAAAAGAAUCGCGAAAUGUUCGCCAUUAAGAAAUCCUACAGUAUUGAGAAUGGGUAUCCAUCCCGUCGCCGCAGUCUCGUGGAUGAUGCACGCUUCGAGACCCUGGUGGUCAAGCAGAACAAACAAACCGUGCUCGAGGAGGCGCGCAGCAAGGCAAAUGACGCCUCGCUUGAGGAGUGCAUUCAGCAGGCAAAGGGCGAGCAUGUGCCCGCCGAGCAAAAUGUCGAGCUGCAGGACGCGCAGCCCAGCUUGGAGCUGCCCGCGGAAGAUGAAUAUGUUUCAGUUGAGAGUUUUGAAACUGAGGCAACAAUUGAAAGCCGCGCUGAGCAGCCGCCAGCCGAUGAUGAAGUGCCCACAAAGAACGAUUAUGGCCUCACCGAGGACGAGAUUGUCCUGGCUAAUGCCGCAUCGGAGUCAACCGAGGCCGUCCAGGGUGCCGCAUUGGUGGUGCGCCUCAAGGAGGGCAUCUCCUCGCUGGGCCGCAUACUCAAGGCCAUCGAGACGUUCCACGGCACCGUCCAGCAUGUGGAGUCGCGCCAAUCGCGCGUCGAGGGCGUCGAUCAUGAUGUCCUCAUCAAGCUGGAGAUGACGCGCGGCAAUCUGCUGCAGCUGAUCCGUUCGCUGCGCCAAUCGGGCUCGUUUAGCAGCAUGAAUCUGCUGGCCGAGAACAAUAUUAGCGUUAAGGCGCCCUGGUUCCCCAAGCACGCCUCCGAGCUGGACAAUUGCAAUCAUCUGAUGACCAAAUACGAGCCCGAUCUGGACAUGAAUCAUCCCGGUUUCGCCGACAAGGUUUACCGCCAGCGCCGCAAGGAAAUUGCCGAAAUUGCGUUCGCCUUCAAAUAUGGCGAUCCAAUUCCCCACAUCAACUACACCGAGGUGGAGGUGAAGACCUGGCGUUCGGUGUUCCGCACCGUACAGGAUCUGGCACCGAAACACGCUUGCGCCGAAUAUCGUGCCGCCUUCCAGAUGCUGCAGGAUGAGCAAAUCUUUGUCGAGCAUCGCCUGCCCCAGCUGCAGGAGAUGUCCGAUUUUCUGCGCAAAAACACGGGCUUCUCGCUGCGCCCAGCCGCCGGCCUGUUGACCGCACGCGACUUCCUCGCCUCGCUGGCCUUCCGCAUCUUCCAGAGCACACAGUAUGUGCGUCACGUCAACUCGCCGUACCACACGCCCGAGCCCGAUACCAUCCACGAGCUGUUGGGUCAUAUGCCUUUGUUGGCCGAUCCAAGCUUUGCCCAGUUCUCCCAGGAGAUUGGACUGGCCUCGCUGGGCGCCUCCGAUGAAGAAAUCGAAAAGCUCUCCACGGUCUACUGGUUCACUGUUGAGUUCGGUCUCUGCAAGGAACACGGUCAGGUCAAGGCCUACGGAGCUGGUCUGUUGAGCGCCUAUGGCGAGCUGUUGCAUGCGAUUAGCGACAAGUGCGAACAUCGCGCCUUUGAGCCGGCCGCCACCGCGGUGCAGCCGUAUCAGGAUCAGGAAUAUCAGCCCAUCUACUAUGUGGCCGAGAGCUUUGAGGAUGCCAAGGACAAGUUCCGCCGCUGGGUGAGCACCAUGUCGCGUCCGUUCGAGGUGCGCUUCAAUCCCCAUACCGAGCGUGUCGAGAUCUUGGAUUCGGUCGACAAGCUGGACACAUUGGUGCAUCAAAUGAACACGGAGAUUCUGCAUUUGACCAAUGCCAUUCAAAAGCUGCGGCGUCCAUUCUAGAGUAAACGCUAAGUAAAUACUCUGCCCAUUAAACACCACCACCUACCCCAACCCCAACCCCUCCACAAACCCUAAGCAUACAGGUGCAACGGUCUCAUUUUAUACAAAUUAAUUUUAAAUUGACAUACCACACACACACAUACCCUGGAAUUUAAUUGAAGCACCGCAAUUUUGAAACUAUUUUUAGACAAAUUUUUUCUUUUCGUUUCACUUUGGCUACAUUUACCAACCCUCUUUUUUUGUUUUUGUUUUAUCAUCACGCCCCGCCCCCCCCGACUUUCACUUUGUGCAUGGCAUAUUUAUUAACCCCAACUAAAUAUUAUUGGACCAAAAAAUCGUUAGACUUGUAAGUGAUUGUGAGAAACCAAGAAACCAUUCCACACACAGUUUAGUAGAAAGAGCACAAUACAACCGCUGCUAUACUCAGCGCACAUAUUUUUUUUUUUGUAUUAUUUUGUUCGUAUAAUUAUUUACUUGAAAAAAAUGCAAAUAUGUGAACGCGUUUAAAUAUAUAUCCAUAUCCGGUAGCUAAAAACAGUUGGCCCCCUCCCCCCCCCCCCCCCCUCUCUCUCUCUCUCACUAUAUAAAUAUACACAAUAUAUAUCCUGUAUUUGUAUUCUUGUAGAGCGUUUUCUUGGCAAUAUCAAUAGCAAAACGAAAAAAAAAAGCAAAGAAAAAAAUUCCAAAAAAAGAAAAGAAAGUACUAGACGAAA